AUGGACAUCGUGGAGUUUCGGUUUCAACAUCGCGAUUCUCCCUCAACCCCAACCACAGAUAUCGACCACGUGUUCGCCGCAGCCGUGAACAAAAGACGAUACUUCCCAUCUGAAGCAAGAAGCCCAAGACAAGAAGAGACACGCAUCCAGCAAAAAACAUACAACAGCGGGGAUUCGCUGGUCGUCACCGACCCAACUACUAAUCCGCCGGUUAGUGGCUUGACUAUGGGAGAGCGGACGGGAUCCCGUAUUUUCCACUACCUUUGGUCCUACCUAUAUUCUGGCAAGGGACGUUGUGGCCAACGAAUGAGCGCUGUAUUUGAGUUCGCCUGCCACGAGCUCCUUGCCCCAGCAAAACUGAUCAAGUCCUCCACCGGUUGCCUGAGUCGCAUCUGUCUCUGGAUCGACGCUCUUGUUGCUUGGUGUGGAGGCUGUGAGAACUUUGACGGGAACUCUCUAGAAACGACCGCAAUCAUCAAGUUGAUCAACAGUCGUAUCAAGGGCGGAUCACGGAAUGGCUUACCACUCACCGCUUUAUGGCAAUACGACGUCUUCUUUCAGCAAAGCUUUUGCUCUUGCUGGACGUCGCCACCGCCUCUACAUCGACUGCCAAGUUCUUCAAGCCUAGUGCUGUCUGACCUCCGCUGUAAGUGGCGGCCUAUGUUCCUAUGA